UCAGUCAGUUGUCAAAGUGUGAUCGUCGUGGAGGGGAAGGCUUGUGAUUUAGAUUUAAUUCAGUGUCAGUUUAUUAGUGAUCAUGGCUGGAUUUACAGAAAAUGCGCUUAUCCGUAAACUACAGGAGUUAAAUUCGAGCCAACAGAGUAUUCAGACUUUAUCUUUGUGGUUAAUACAUCACAGGAAACACCACGCUGCUGUGGUAAAGACUUGGUUCAAGGAGCUGCUAAAAGCUAAAGAUGCCAAACAGCUGACAUUCAUGUAUUUAGCGAAUGAUGUCAUACAAAAUAGCAAAAAGAAGGGCCCAGAAUAUGGAAAAGAGUUUGGAGAGGUCCUCAUAGAGUCGUUCAAGCAUAUGGCCAAGACAGGCAUUAACGCUAAGACGAAGAACUCACUGCAUAGAAUACUUUCCAUUUGGCAAGAGAGGGGUGUUUAUGAUGCUCAAAAAAUACAAGAAUUCAAAGAAGCUGUUGAUCCUAAUGAUGCAGUGCCAAAGAAGGUUAGCAAGCGCAAAUCAGCUGACACAGAGACGAAAGAGCCUGAGAAAAAGCCUAAAAUUGAAAAGGAGAGUCGGGAGAGACGUCAUAGUGAGACUAAAGUGGAAGUGGACGGACAUAUCGAGACUCACAUCACACUCAGCCCCAGGACGCCUCCGGGAGACCCCCCGGAGCCAGAAGAAUUAAUUAGGGCACUUCUGGAGCUUGAAUCGAGUGCUUCCAGCGACGAGGCAGUCCGCGAGAGAAUAGCGUCCCUGCCCCCAGAAGUAUCCGAAGUGCAAUUAUUGUCUAAGUUAGAAGAUAAGGAGUCUGCGUUGAGUUUGAGUGCUGUGGUUAACUCGGCUGUGUCUCUGCUCGCUGAAUAUAACCUGAGGCUAUCCGAGGAGUUGGAGAAAAGAAGGAAAGUGGCAGCCAUGUUGAGAGACUUCGCGCAAGCGCAGAGGGACCUGGCGAAACAGGCUGAGGCUAGGCUAGAGGAAUACAACGUAAAGCUACAGAAGAUAUAUGCAGUAAAAGCAGAAGUCAAGUCUCACAUAGACAAUUUGCCAGACGUGUCCCAACUGCCAGAUGUCACCGGAGGCCUGGCGCCUCUGCCCUCGGCUGGGGACCUCUUUAGCAUCUGAAAACACAUACAAGUAUCCAGAAGACUAGAGGCAAUAAGGUAGACGAUAUUCAAUUUUAAGGGCAUAAGGACGGAUUGGAUCAAUCAAUAGGACAAUAGGGAUGUUUCCUGGGUAAAAAAGCAAGAGUUUUAAUUAGUCCGUCAGUUAGCUUAUCAAAAACUACUCGACACGUAUUUUUCACUUUUUUGAAAAUGUAAAGAGAUAAAGCGUGCCAAAGAAAAGGCCCGUGACGUCAAUGAGUGCGUAAAAGUGCAGCACUUUGUGACGUCGCGCUGAACUUCAACGCACUAUAACUUUGUAAUUAUUAUUUGUUUGAUUGACAAUUAAAAAUAUACGUGUCCAAUAUUUUUUUAUAUUAAAUUUGCCGGACUAAAAAAUUUUUUUUAGGAAACUAGCCUAUCGCGGAGAAUUUAGCUGAAUUUCAAAGUAAUUUAAACUUUUAUAGGCUCAAGAAUGCACUUUACAUUAUGUACCACAUAACUGAACUUACACUCCGAUCGAGGUAACUGCGUACCUUGCUGGAAUGCGACUCUCCCUCGCACUUACCCCGCGUUCGCCCCGUCCGUACUCUGUCGGUGUGACGUCACGGCUGCCAGGUGCGCAGUAAACUUGAUCGCGUUGUAUAGUCCCGUUUAUUCAGUGGAUAAUUAUGUAAGUUGUGUUGACAUUAUUUU